AUGGCUUCUUCGGGCUCUCUCCUCUCCACGCUCCUGGUGCUGCUCGCCGUCGCCGCCACCGCGUUGGCGGCUACGACGACGUUCGUCCGGGCCGCCAACCUCGCCGAGCGGCUGGAGGGAGUGGGGCAGCAGCAGUGCUGGGAGACGCUGCUGGACGUCAAGUCGUGCACGGGGGAGAUCAUCCUCUUCUUCCUCAACGGCGAGGCGUACCUGGGGCCCGGGUGCUGCCGCGCCAUCCGCAUCAUCGAGCAGCGCUGCUGGGCCGCCGACCUCAUGCUGUCCGUCAUCGGCUUCACCCCGGAGGAGGGGGACAUGCUCAAGGGCUACUGCGACGCGGGCGGCGACGACGACAACAACGACGGCGAGGGGCAUCAUCAUGGCGUCGGCGGGUCAUCUCCGGCCCCGCCGCCUCACCGUGCUCUUGACGGCGUCGCGAGUGGCGGCACGGCGGUGCCCGUGGCGGGAAAGAAAGGGCUUGGUGCGCCGUUAGAUGGCUAA